UUUCUCUUCUUCUUGGCAUUUAAUGGCCGUAUCUGAUCGAAUCCUUUCAAGAUUUGACGGCAUCAUCGAAUCCUUCUCUACAUCGUCUUUUUUCUGUGCCCCCGGUGACCAGAUCGGACGAUGACGACCGAUUUUUGCUGCAAGUCAGCUCGAAAUCCCGUCAUAGGUCGAGGAAUCGGAGUUUCCUCCUUAGUUUGGCUUGUGCUGAGAAUAAUCGUACUUAAUCUGUGGUAUAUGCGACAACAUGUUCGAGAUUCAUAGGUAGUAGUGAUAUGAGGCGGUGCGAAGAACAUGGUUUUACCCAUCCAUGUGCGCGGGCCGAUGUCGGGAGCUUUCCACAGUGUGAUCUGGGUGAUGAGGUGGCCGGGCCUUCGGGAAGGAGCGUCGGUUGGCGUUGGUCGGGAUUCGGACCGGUUGACAGCUCCUCGCUGUGGGGUGAAUGGCGUCCUCGGGUUGAAUCCCUCGGCUCUCGCGGGUGAUUGUCCGUCAGCAAAGCAAAAAAAAAAAAAAAAAAAAAAAGGCCCUCGUCGGGUGGUCCCCGGCCGUGACCUCUCCGACGAGCAAGUCAGUUCCGAGAAGGGUUAAUAAGAGUUGUCCUCCUUUUUUUUCUCCCGCCAGUGCGGAGGACGGCCCGAGGUUUUUAUACUGCUGCAAGUGGGUCGAUCGUACACGGGUUGGCGUGAUGGACGCACCAGACAGUGCCUCGAUACAGAUUCUGUCUUGGCGUGUGGGGAUGGUGUCGUCCCGGGUUUACCGGGACGAGAUGUGUCAAGCGACGACUUGGGGUAUGGAUUCUGACGUGGCGCGUGGCAUCGACUGUGAUGUGUCCGGGGGGCAAAAUAUACCUUAUCACUUCUCCCCCCCGGUCAAGGUGAUUGCCCCGCGCCUUGAGAAGGGUCGAGACUGCUGAUCGGGCGGUCGAGCCGAACGAGGAGAGGUCGUCGUGCCGUAGGUCGUGUAAUUGGUUUGGCGUGACUCGGAGUUACGGACGACGAGUUGCAAGUCGGAGACCGAGCUGGAGCGGCUCGGGCAAGGGGCUAGCAGAGACGUGACUCGGGCGUCGGAUGUGGCCGAGAUGUGAGUCAGGAAUAAAUCUGAAGCGACACGGGUGAGGAAUCGGCUGGCGAGUUGUUAGUCGGUAAUCGAUCUGGAGCGACUUGGGCGAGGACUGGGCCGCGAGUCGCCAAUCGAGAAUCGAUAUGGAGUGACUCGGGCGAGGACUGGGAUAUGCAUGUGAUGCACAUGUGGAGUGGAAUCAUUUGUAAAGCAAGAAAUGACUAGGAGCAAUUCAUAUCUUAUCAAUGUUACUAUGUGAUGCAAAUAGUUAUGGAUUUUUGGCCCACAAAUCAUCUCUAGUGUCGACCAAAAGAAAAAUAACUCAUAUCUUUAUGUCACGUAGAGAUGCAUGCAUGCAUGCAUUUGUAAUUUGGCUUUCAGAUGCAUGCAUUCAAUUCUAACACUCAUUUGGCUUUCAGAUGCAUGCAUUCAAUUCUAACACUCAAAAGAAGAGACUAUGAUUAAUCAUACCAAUUGUAAAAAAAAAAAAAGGUAAUACUCUGAUUAUUGCGAAGAAUUUGCAUUUAUUCGAAAUUAUUUUAAGAGGAGAUGUUAGUGUAUUGUUGGAAUAAGCUAACACUAAUCUUCGUUAACGAAUCAAAAGGGAAGCUUUACAUAAGUACGUACUACUACUCAACCAUGCAUGCAUGCAUAAGGUUAAUUUGUUAGAAUAUGUGGCCCUUUUAUAAUUGAAUAAGAUAUAUAAUAGAAUAACUAAUUGGGUUCCGUAGACCCUCUGCUCUCGCCUAUAAAAGGACAGGAUCUCUAGGGGUUGAGGGUGUGUUAGUGUGUUAGAGCGUCAUAACGUUGACACGUAUAGACGCACCUCUCCGUUGAGGGAUUCAGUUAUUCUCCUCGACUCUCUCCCCAAAACCCUCUCCCCAAAUCCAUCAAUCUGUGUGGAUCCUGUGAAAGGAUAGGAAGAGAGGAGAAAGGGUCUACUCUCCGCACUCCCUACAGAUUCCGCAGCGCGAUCGGAUUAAAGACGGAGCCUGCAGCAAUCUUGGAUUAAAGACGGUGCUUAGCAGAUCUACGGGAUCUCUGAACAUAUGGCAUUAAAAGUUCUGAAAGUGAAAUCACUUGGUCCUUGGAUGUUUCUGCUUCUGUUUCUUGUCGUUCCGAACUUGGCUCAGUCCCAGAUACUCUUCCAGGGCUUCAACUGGGAGUCGUGGAGGCAGCAAGGCGGCUGGUAUAACUUCUUGAAAGACAAAGUCUCUGAUAUAGCCAACGCUGGAGUCACCCAUGUCUGGCUGCCUCCGCCCUCGCACUCUGUCGGCGUUCAAGGUUACAUGCCGGGCCGGCUCUACGACUUGGGUGCUUCCAAGUAUGGGAAUCAGGAUGAGUUGAAGGCGCUGAUCGGCGUUUUCCACCACAAGGGAGUCAAAUGCGUGGCCGACAUCAUCAUCAACCAUCAUUGCGCAGACAAGCAAGACGGGAGAGGCAUAUGGUGCAUCUUUGAAGGCGAAACCGAUACCCGCCUCGAUUGGGGUCCACACAUGAUCUGUAGGGACGACACACAGUACUCCGACGGCACCGGCAACCUCAACACCAGCGAGGGCUUCGCGACGGCUCCCGACAUCGACCCUACAGAUCGUGUGUGGACCCCAAUCGAGGCGGGUAUCAUCGGUUCCGCCUUCGAAGAUGCACCAUAUGCCUCUCCCGUCUUGCUUGUCUGCGCAACGAUGGUUGAUGACGAUGUCGGCCACGCAUUUGACUCCCUUGUCGUGGAAAGCGCCGAUCAGCGCCUUCAACUCAUCCUGAUUCCCAUACUUGGAAAGCGCUGAUCGGCGCUUUCCACGACAAGGGAGUCAAAUGCGUGGCCGACAUCGUCAUCAACCAUCAUUGCGUAGACAAGCAAGACGGGAGAGGCAUAUGGUGCAUCUUCGAAGGCGGAACCGAUGAUGCCCGCCUCGAUUGGGGUCCACACAUGAUCUGUAGGGACGACACACAAUACUCCGACGGCAUCGGCAACCUCAACACCGACGAGGGCUUCGCGGCGGCUCCCGACAUAGACCACCUCAACACGCAGGUCUAGCGUGAGCUCACGGACUGGCUGAACUGGCUCAAGAAUGACAUCGACUUCGACGGGUGGAGGCUCGACUUUGCCAAGGGUUACUCCUCAAGCAUCGCCAAGAUCUACGUCGAACAGACGUAGCCAAACUUCGUGGAGGCUGAGAUCUGGAGUUCAUUAGCUUACGGAAACGAUGGGAAUCCAGCAUACGAUCAGAACUGGCCUCUGAUGCUGACCUCUACAUGGCAAUGAUCGAUGGGAAGAUAUUGACAAAGCUAGGCUCGAGAUACGACGUGGGGAAUCUCGUUCCUUCCAACUUCCACAUCGUUGCCUCUGGCAAUGACUACUGCGUGUGGGAGAAGAGAUGAAGACGAUGAUGAUGAAUCAUGGAAGAGACUUUUCGCUUCUCUUUCGUUAACGUUUCUCAUGUAUGUUGUAAGAAAAAAAUAUCGUUUCUCAUCUUUGUAAAUCUAUUUUAGUGUGAAAUCAUGGGUGCUGUUGUUAGCUUUAGAAAAAAAGAUGGUUUCAUUAUGAUAUUAAAUGGAAUCAUGUUUACCUGUAAUUUAUCUAUUUCUUUGGAGCA